AUGUCGACAUCACAGCGGUUACCCGCGACCGCGGCCAACAUGGCUCGCAACUACGCCACCGUCCGUAGCAGCUACGGCGGUCUCAAGGACAGCGACCGUAUUUUCCAGAACCUCAACGGCCGCCUGCCGCCGACGCUUGCGUCCGCGAAGAAGAUGGGUGACUGGCACAAGACGAAGGAGAUUCUCGCCAAGGGACACGAGUGGAUCAUCAGCGAAGUCAAGGCAUCCGGCCUGCGAGGACGUGGUGGUGCUGGUUUCCCCUCUGGCCUGAAAUGGUCGUUCAUGAACUUCAAGGACUGGGACAAGGACACCAAGCCCCGAUACCUGGUCGUCAACGCCGAUGAGGGAGAGCCCGGAACCUGCAAGGACCGCGAGAUUAUGCGAAAGGACCCCCACAAGCUCAUCGAGGGAUGCCUCGUCGCCGGCCGUGCCAUGAACGCCACCGCCGCCUACAUUUAUAUCCGUGGCGAGUUCUACCACGAGGCUGCUGUCCUCCAGACUGCCAUCAACGAAGCGUACAAGGACGGGCUGAUCGGCAAGAAUGCGUGCGGAUCUGGAUACGACUUUGACGUCUACGUCCAUCGUGGUGCCGGUGCCUACGUCUGCGGUGAGGAGACCUCCCUCAUCGAGUCCCUCGAGGGCAAGCCUGGCAAGCCUCGUCUCAAGCCUCCCUUCCCUGCCGCCGUCGGUCUCUUCGGCUGCCCUUCCACCGUCGCCAAUGUCGAGACCAUUGCUGUCGCGCCAACGAUCUGUCGUCGCGGUGGCAACUGGUUUGCCGGUUUCGGCCGCGAGCGUAACCAGGGCACUAAGCUUUUCUGCAUUUCUGGCCACGUCAACAACCCCGUCACUGUCGAGGAGGAGAUGUCCAUCCCUCUGCGUGAGCUCAUCGAGAAGCACUGCGGCGGUGUUCGUGGCGGCUGGGACAACCUGCUUGCCGUCAUUCCCGGUGGCUCCUCGACGCCCAUUCUGCCCAAGGAUGUCUGCGACAACCAGCUGAUGGACUUUGACGCCCUCAAGGAUAGCCAGUCGGGUCUCGGCACUGCUGCCGUCAUCGUCAUGGACAAGAGCACCGAUGUCGUCCGCGCCAUCAGCCGCCUGUCCCACUUCUACGCCCACGAGUCCUGCGGCCAGUGCACACCCUGCCGCGAGGGCAGCAAGUGGACCGACCAGAUCAUGAAGCGUUUCGAGAAGGGCCAGGGCCGCCCGCGGGAGAUUGACAUGCUCCAGGAGCUGACCAAGCAGGUCGAGGGUCACACUAUUUGCGCUCUGGGUGAGGCUUUCGCUUGGCCGCUGCAGGGCCUGAUUCGUCACUUCCGUCCCGAGCUCGAGGCGAGGAUGGCGGAGUACGCCGCGCAGAACGGCGCCAACGCGCUGGCUGGUGGUUGGGAGCCGACUGCGCGCGCGCAGGGCAAGCUGGUCGCUCCCGGCCAGUAA